AUGUCUGAUUUGCGACACCGAAUACCGGAAGUUUCGACCUCGUCUACCCAGAGCGGGGAGCUUCGUGCGAAGGAACAGGAUGGGGAUCCCGAACUGAAGCAUGGAAUUUUGAUGCAAAUUCUUCGAUCUCUUCUACUCAUAACGUGGUUUAAUGGCUGUUGUGUUGUUAUAGUUAUUACACAGUUCAUUGGAGCACCGCUCUAUUUUGUCAACAAGGACUAUUUCUACGCCUACAUGUCUAUGACGAAGCAGUGCUUCGGUAUUCUGAUCAUCACCGUCACCCACUGGGGUGCACCGACCUUGGUUCGUGUCAGUGGAGAUGAAUCAGUGAAAGGGCAGCUUCACCUUACUCCCGACGGGCGAUUAAAGACCAAUUUCACCAAUCGUCUUGUGUUCAUCGCCAACCAUCAAGUAUAUACCGACUGGCUCUACCUAUGGUGGAUCACGUACACGUCGCGCAUGCACGGUCAUAUAUAUAUCAUAUUGAAGGAAUCCCUCAAGUACAUCCCGUUACUUGGCACAGGAAUGAUGUUCUACGGCUUCAUAUUUAUGGCUCGUAAGUGGGAGUCUGACAAGCCACGCUUACAGCAUCGUCUCGAUAAACUCAAGACUCGACACUCAGGGCCUAUGUCUGGACCGCAAAGUCUGGAUCCGAUGUGGCUGUUGAUAUUCCCAGAAGGAACCAAUUUGUCGAUUAACACAAAGAGAAUUAGCGAUAAAUACGGCGAAAAGACCGGCAUCGAGCCUCUGAAACACAUGAUUCUUCCAAGAUCCACUGGACUCUUUUUCUGCUUGCAACAACUGAAAGGUACCGUAGACUGUGUUUACGACUGUACUAUUGGUUAUGAAGGACCACCAAAAGGUUGUUAUCCCGAUCGUUACUUCACACUGCGAUCUACUUAUGGCCAGGGCCGGCCUCCAAAGUCGGUGAACAUGUAUUGGAGACGCUGGGCUGUGGAAGACAUUCCCUUAGACGACCAAAGGGUUUUUGAGGAGUGGCUACUGGAACGAUGGAGAGAGAAGGACGCUCUACUGGAUCAAUUCUUCGAAACUGGACGAUUUCCAACCUCCCUAGAGUCUUCGAUAGACAGCGCUGGCACUUCCGGAAACCAAGCGAUCGAAGCUUCCCGUGGCUACAUAGAGACGACUAUCCAGUUGAGACACUGGAUUGAGAUUGGUGAGAUUUUUGCGGUACUCCUAUUUUGUGCCUUGGGCUUUUUAUAUUGGGGUUCUUCGUGA